GCAUAGACACGUAUGACAUUCAAAACGUGCAUAGCGCAUGCAUAUAUCAUGCGUGCGAACUGAAAGUACAGAACGUUGAAACGCGUACAAAAUUGAAUUGCGACAUGUCACCUGGACAGCGGACUAGGAAUUUCUACAAAUAUUAGGGGUAAACAUCCAUUUUACACCUUAUAGAUUUAGAGUCACUCUGUUUCGUAUCAUUGGUGCGCACUGUACUUGAAUUCAACUCGUGAUAAAAGGAAGAAGAGGGAGAAAAUGAGCUCGAGCGUGGAUGCCUACGGACCCAGCUCGCAGAGCUUGCUCACGUUUUUGGAUGCGGAAGAACAUGAUCUGCUGGGCGCUGAUACGCAGGGCACAGACUUUGACUACAAUGUAGGGGAUUUUACAUUGCCUUCACAGACACAAGCUUCUCAAAGCCAGGCAUCUCAGCUGGAUUUGGCUUCACAGUCUCAGAGUCAGGUGGACGCUAGCCAAACCAAUGGGAUAGAUGAAGCUGUAGCUGCUGUAGAACAGCAAGUCAAGGAAUUGACUUUUGAGGAAGAUGAAGAAGAUGCAACGGUGCUCUCCAAGGAUUUGCCUAACCAUGCCUGCAAGUAUUGUGGCAUUCAUGACCCAGCUGCAGUUGUUCUUUGCAAUGGUACCAAGAAGUGGUUCUGCAAUGGACGAGGAAACACCUCUGGCAGCCACAUCAUUAACCACCUUGUGAGAGCCAAAUGCAAGGAGGUGACCCUUCACAAGGACAGCCCCCUGGGAGAGACUGUCCUGGAAUGCUACAACUGCGGAUGUCGCAACGUCUUCUUGCUAGGCUUCAUCCCAGCCAAGGCUGACUCUGUGGUCGUUCUGCUUUGUCGCCAGCCUUGCGCCACACAGAGCAACCUGAAGGACAUGAACUGGGAUCCGAGCCAGUGGCAGCCUCUGAUCCAGGACCGCUGCUUCCUCAAGUGGCUCGUAAAGAUCCCUACCGAGCAGGAGCAGCUGAGAGCCCGUCAGAUCUCCGCCUCUCAGCUCAACCGACUGGAGGAGCUCUGGAAGGAGAACCCAGAGGCCACUCUGGAGGACCUGGAGAAACCAGGAGUAGACGAGGAGCCGGCCUCUGUCAUGCUCAGGUAUGAGGAUGCAUACAUGUAUCAGAACAUCUUUGGACCUCUAGUCAAAAUGGAAGCUGACUAUGACAGGAAGCUGAAGGAGACCCAGACCCAGGAAGGGGUCACUGUCCGUUGGGAUAUUGGUCUCAAUCGCAAGACCAGGGCCACCUUUAACUUCCCCAAGAAAGAAGAUUUGAAGCUGAUGCACGGUGAUGAGCUGAGGGUCCGCUACACCGAUCCACGAGAGCCUUGGUCUGGUUUAGCCCAUGUUGUUAAGACUCCAGACAACUACAGUGAUGAGAUCUGUGUGGAAUUGAAGAGCGGCAGCAACAUCCCUGUCAAGUUCACCACCAACUUUGCUGUUGACUUUGUCUGGAAAUCAACAUCUUUUGACAGAAUGCAAAAUGCUCUGAAGACCCUAGCAGUGGAUGACACGGCAGUGUCUAGCUACCUCUAUCAUCGUCUCUUGGGGCAUGACGUUGAGAACCUAGUCCUCAAGUGCAACCUGCCCAAGAGGUUCUCGGCCCAGGGUCUACCGGAGCUCAAUCAUUCCCAGGUGUCGGCUGUACGCACUGUGUUGACUCGCCCUCUAAGUCUCAUCCAGGGGCCACCAGGUACUGGCAAGACGGUCACCUCUGCUUCUAUCGUGUAUCAUCUGGCCAAGCAAGGAACUGGGCAAGUGCUGGUGUGUGCACCUAGUAACAUUGCUGUGGACCAACUGACUGAGAAGAUCCAUAAGACUGGUCUCAAGGUGGUCAGGCUGUGCGCUAAGAGCAGGGAGGCCAUCGACUCACCGGUCUCUUUCCUGUCCCUGCAUAACCAGGUGCGUAACAUGGAGGGUGCAGAAGAGAUGCAGAAGCUCCAAGCCCUGAAGGACGAGAUGGGAGAACUGUCCAGCAAUGACGAGAAGAGGUACCGCACUCUCAAGAGAAACUGUGAGCGAGAGCUGCUACAGAAUGCCGAUGUGAUCUGCUGUACCUGUGUUGGAGCGGGUGACCCACGCUUUGCACGCUUCAGGUUCCGUGCUGUGUUGAUUGAUGAGAGUACCCAGUCCACCGAGCCUGAGUGUCUCAUCCCAGCUGUGCUUGGAUCUAGACAGCUUGUUCUAGUUGGUGACCAUUGCCAGCUUGGUCCCGUCGUCAUGUGCAAGAAGGCAGCUAACGCAGGCCUGUGCCAAUCUCUCUUUGAGCGUCUGGUCGUGCUUGGCAUCCGACCAAUCAGGCUGCAGGUGCAGUAUCGUAUGCACCCCUCCCUCAGCGCGUUCCCGUCGAACAUCUUCUAUGAGGGCUCCCUACAGAAUGGGGUCACGGCAGCUGAGAGGAUAAACCGUGCAGUGGAUUUCCCAUUCCCUCAACCUGACAAGCCAAUGUUCUUCUACGCUACCACUGGCCAGGAAGAGAUUGCUAGCUCUGGUACAUCCUAUCUCAACAGGACUGAAGCCUCCAACGUUGAGAAGCUGACUACCCGUUUCCUGCGUGCUGGAGUCAAGCCAGAGCAGAUUGGCAUCAUCACGCCCUACGAGGGCCAGCGUGCGUUCAUCGUCCAGUACAUGCAGUACAGCGGCCCCCUCAACGUCAAGCUCUACCAGGAGGUGGAGAUUGCCAGCGUGGAUGCCUUCCAAGGACGUGAGAAGGAUUACAUCAUCCUGUCCUGCGUCAGGGCUAAUGAUCAUCAAGGCAUCGGUUUCCUUAACGAUCCCAGACGUCUCAAUGUCGCCCUCACUAGAGGAAGGUAUGGAGUGAUCAUCGUUGGUAACCCCAAGGUGCUGUCUCGUCACCCUCUAUGGAACCAUCUCCUGUCAUACUACAAGGAACAGAAGGUCCUGGUCGAAGGUCCGCUAAACAACCUCAAGGAGAGUUUGAUCCAGUUCAGCAAACCUCGCAAGCUCAUCAACCCAUCUAACCCGGGAGGUCGUUACAUGAGUAUGGCCAUGUUUGAUGCCAGGGAGGCCCUAGCUCCUGGUGGUGUCUUUGAUAGAUCCAGGAUGUCCAAUGGAGGUCCAUCUCACUUCCCAGCCAACCCUGGACGUGUCCAUGACCAGAUGGGGUACAUCCAACCAAACCAGUCCCGCAUCGCUGCGGCCAACUUCCCCAUCCCUGUCAACAUGUUCAUGCCCCCGCCCAUCCCAGGUGCCCCCGGCUUCUUCAACCAGCCCCCUCCACCAAACGCCCGUGGCAUGGGUCCCAACAGGGGCCCCAAUUUCUCUGGCAGCCCGGGAGGAGGAGGAGGUGGUCGUAAGAGGGGGCGUGGUUACCAAGGCUCACAGCAUCCUCGUCAGCAGCAUAAUAACGCAGCUAGCAAUGGACAUGGCAAACCUGGUGGUACCAGUGGCAGUCAGAACAUGUCACAGUACAACCUCUCUCUCAACAGCACCCAGAACAGUCAGCCUGACGUAUCACAGUCCUUCUCACAGGGUGUGUUGACCCAGGGUAACAUGUCCAUGUCUCAGCCUAUGAGCCAGCCGGGACUCUCUCAACCAGGCUUCUCUCAAAUGGGUCUGUCCCAACCGGGACUAUCCCAGCCUGAGCUCUCGCAGGAAAGCUUUAUGGGCGAGUCUGAGUUCAAGUCUCAGCUAGAUGCCGCCCUCUCCCAGGACUCCACAUACCAGGGAGACCGCAACUACAUGCAGGGUUUCGGCUAUUAGUUCCUAGAGAGAAAGGGGGGAGUCCCCCCGAAUAUAGCGGAGAGAAUUGCAUACCAUCAAGCUGAGGCAAAGGAAUCAUCGCUCAUCUACCAACAUCACCCGCAAGAUCGGAGGAGAGUAAGAGGCAACCGCGAGAACAAAAAUCAACAUCGUCAGGAAUUGUCUACGAAAGACAUGCCCACUCUCACCAAGUGGCAGCGCUGGUGUUUUGUUUAAAAAAUGAUUAAAAUAAGCGGCAGAUAAAUGUGAGACGACGAGGCAAAGAAGCAGCCAGAAGAAGAACAGAUGAAAAGUGGAAGGGAAGGUAGAAAAGAUGGAAGGGAAGGAGGAAGAGGAGAAAACCAUCCUGAGCCAUUUCUAGGAAUAUCUUGUAGGGCUAUGUUGCUGUACAUAUCAGCAAACUACAAGGGCUAAAAUAUGAGCCAUGAGAUACAUAAAAGCCAUCAAUAUACUUGCUCCAUGAAAUUUGGGCAAGGCUCGUUUCCCGGUGGCUAGAAACAGUCUUUAAUAAAACUUCUAAGAAAAAUCAGCCACAAUAGCAUGAAUGGGUACACAACUUGUACGAGAAAACAAGCACAUUCAUAUUUUUCUAGGCUCAUUAACUCCAGUUAAUGUUGAGCCUGAGCCGUGAAGUGGUACGGCUAAAACAGUUUAAGCUAACGGAUGUAGCAGUAGACAACCUAUAUGAUGGUUACCAGUCAACAGGCUAUGAGCGUACCGUAUGCUCAGUACCAAAAUCUGACCUGUAUGAUGGUGUAUUGUUAUAGAAAUUCUGCUGUUGCUGUUAUAUCGUUCCUCUAAAAACCAUGUGCAAGGUGAUAAACAUGUCACGUUAUAGAGGGUUCAAAACCAUGUGGAAGUGGCUUACGAUAAAUGUAGGUCUCCAACCGCCUUCAUGCCUUUAAUGGAUAUAAUUAAAAGUUAUUACAAAAACUAAGGGCUCAGAAAAGAAUCCUUAUGGAGUGUUAUAUGACAGAAUGGGUCAAUUAAAGUCCUGUGCUUAGCCCUGUUAGAUUCCAGACUAGAAAUGUGUUACGAGGGUCAGAGAAUCAAGUAACGUCCUUUUCAUCAUGAUGUGAUUUGGUCUGUAGACACUUAUUUACGAGGUGUGGUAUUUUUAAAGAGUAUUGUAUGGUACCCCACUUUUUGCCCAAGACAUUGAAUCCCAGUUCUAGACGCACACAUGACUGGUAUCUAAAACUAUGUCAGGUGUUGGUAACCAGAAAUGAUAUUGUUUGACAGAAAUUUUUGCCAAGCUAGACUGCUUAUCUGUUUGUUCAUGAGACUUCUCAGCUGCACAAAAUACAGGAUGUGUAUCGUCAAAGAAGGAUGCACACCUGAAAAGAGACAGUGGCCAAUGGCAGUUCUACAUUCAAAUUUCAAAAUUUUCAAGGGGACUAUAUGAUAGAGUAUGAAUACAUUCUACAUAUAGCUAAAGCCUGUUGUGGAUAUGGGUAAGACACUUUCUGUCUUUCUCUUAGGUAUGAAACACUGUCUAGAAGAAUUCUAUAUUCUAAAAGAGUUAAGAGUUAACUCUGACGCCCACCAUCUAUAGGCCAAAUCACAACGUUGUUAAGGACUUGAUAGUGAAUAGAAAGGAGAGACUGUCAGAAAAAGACAGUUGAAAGAAAGGGAAGUUUGUUUGAGCAGCCCCACUGACGUUAUGGAUCGCCAUAACAACCAGUGAGUUUAAGUGGGACAGAGCUGCUAAACAAGUCGUCGGUUAUAGCCGUCUUUUUUUAAAGCUCAUCAGCAGAACUGCUGUACAUAUUAGAAAUUAAAACCUUAUUUUCUUAUUUUUUCUCAUAUUUUUCCUUCUAAGAACUUUAGUAGUGUUUAAUAAGUGUGUUUAAAAUGAGUGGUUGCUCGUUAUGACAUGGUGAAACCCGGGCAGUAUUUCAUGACGGAUUUGUAAUACGCAUCAUUUCUGUAUCCCAUAAAACAGAACUCAGUGAUACGCACAAGUUGUGCGCAGUCGUCACACAUUUACAUGGAGAAAAGAAAACACAGCAGCUUUUUUGCGGCGGUUCAACGCACCAUAUCUGAACAAGCAUUUAUUUUUACGAUAGCUGAAUAAAUUGUUAUCUUCAUGGUCAAAAGUUUUGUUAUUUUAUUGUUGAUAACUCCACACCUUAAAGGCAGAAGUAGUAGUGUUCAUUGGAGAAAGAAUGCAGCUGUCAACAUGUGGUUUGGAGAAAACGAGCAAAAACAGCUGCAAAUCUGGUUUCAGGAUAUUGCCUUAUUCAGGAACCAAUGGGAGGUUUUUUUAUUUUUCAUUUUUUUAUUUGGUACUUGGGUUUAGAAUCUAGCAGUGAAUCUAUUUUUAGGGGAAAUGUUAUACAUGUACACUGAUUUUACUUUCAGAUAUUUUUAAAAUGUUAAGCUAUAAAUAGCGUAUUCUCAUAUUAGCACAUCAGUGGAAAGGCAUAGAUUCAUGGCAGUAUACCUAAUGUAAUAGGCAUAUGUAUACCUCGAAAUCUCCCCUUUUUUUGUUCUGACUGCAAUGGUAGUGGAUAAAAUAUAAUAACUUCUUGUUAGAAACAAGCUUUAUAAGUACAUUUGUUUUUUAAGAUAGUUAAAUCCAUAUUACACAAUGUUUUAUCUUCCUGAACUUUCGCUCAAUUUCUUUAUCAUAGGCACUUUAAAAUUUUGUUUUAAUACUGUAUUUAUAAGUCAAUUAUAUUUAGUUUUAGUUUUCACAUGCUAAUAUUUACAUCAUUUCAAAAUAGCACAAGAGUAUUGAAACCAAUAAUCUGCAUAAAAUGUAAGAUCUGCAAUUUGUCAGGUAACUCGUAAAGUGGGAGAAAAAUCAUCCAUCAAAAUGCUGUGCAAAAUUUUAAGCAAUUUAGUAAUAAAACACAAAGAUGUUAUACGUUGUGAGUGUAGUGAUUGUCACCUCCACCUUACAUGUGUAUUGCAUCAUGCAUACUUGUGCUGUAAACAAGCAACUACUUCGUACAGGAAAUUGAAAGAAUCUUUUCCUGUACAAUUUUAACAAAAAUGCCCCGCUCGUCAUUUCACUUUGUAAUCAUUCACCAUAAGGGACGUUUCUCAUGUUCAUUCUUCACGAGACUAUAGAUGUAAAUUCAAGACCCUGCAAUGUGUCAUGCAGUGUAUUUUUGUGAGGAUCAUUUUACUACUUAGAGCAGGGAUGCCAGUUGGGGUUAUACCUGAAUAGCCUGGAAUGAGAACCAGAUAUAUAUCGGAACCCCUUAUGUUCUGCAUAAUAAAAAGCCCUGUAGCAGAAUGGUGAUAGGGCCAGGAGGUCGGACAAAAGCUCGAAAGUCGGAAUCCCUAAAGAUAUUUCAACAGGUUUUAUUACCCCCCCCCCCCACCUUUCAACUAAGAAUCCCAUUUAGAAUUGAAAUCCAGAAGAUAAUGCAGACUUUGAGAAGAAGAGGAGAAAUAAACAUGUACUGUGGUCAAUUGUAACAAUGUCCGAUCACCUUAUCCACAUAGACAAGCUGCAUGCAGAUUCUUGAUACAAUUACAAAUGUUUUGGCAAGUAGAUGCAAUGACACCUCACUGACAUGCUGGGCUAGUGUUUCAUCUGUGUUGCUGUGUUAUGUCAAGCUUCACUCCUUACAUAUCCGCACUUAUAUUCUAGUAUUAUUUCAUUUAAACAAUAAGUAUGCCAUGUUUUGUCGUACACUGCAUUUGGUAGUAAAGUCCACCACCCCCAUUCCAAUUAGCUUGCAGAUUACAUCUUGCAAAUUGAAAGAUUACAGCAAAAUACCUUGCUGCUAUGUAACAUGAUCAUGGACCACACAAGCUACAUUUCCACAUGCAUGUAAAUGUGAUUUCUUAUGAAAUAUUGCAGUCAUGUACUGACCAUAUUUCUUUAGAAGUCAGACAAUGAAUACCUAUUCAAGAGAAAUGGAAAAAUGCAGUUGAUCCCUAAAUGAAUCUGAUCUGUAAUUGCAAUACAUAUUCAAUUUUCAAGGCCGGUACUUGUUUCAGAAAAGGAUUGAUAACAUGUGUACCGGUAAUUGGCUCAGUAAGCUCGAUUUUGGAGCUACUCAAUUCUAUGGCCUGCAAGGUGUGAAAUGGACUCAUAGCUCAUGUGGUCUAUAUAUCCACAGGCUUGUUUGAAUUAGUCAACAGGAUAAGACAAGUUCUUAAAAGAUUGCUAAAUGACCCCAGAGGAUGCCUCGUAUAACGCUUCAAAUGCUGAUAGAUUGGCACAUAGCAUCUUACAUGUUCAUAAGCUGUUAGACAGUGAACUGGGACAGAGAUACGUUUAGUCAAGAACCCUACACACGACGCAACAUCUCUCAUUUUAGAAAAUCAGUUUCAGUAAACUAAAGUUAUGACUGUGUACACUUAUUGUGUAAGUGGAAAUAUAGCUUGAAACCUACUUCAAAUUACCUGUCAAGCAUUAUUUCUUUUAAUCAUUUGUUCUUUUUUCUCGUUUUGUUGGCAUAAGGAUUAAAUAAUAAUUGGGAAAAUU